AUGAGAAGAGAACUCGGGAGAGAGGCGAUGCGCGCCGCGGCUGGCUGCCAGCUGCGAAGACAAGUCCCUGCGUCGGCUAGGCCGGGGUGCCUCGCCCUGCAGCACACCAAGCACGUCCACUCGUGCGCCCCGAAGCAAAUCGCAUCCGGGAGUGCCUGGAACCUGUCACGAUACCGAAGCGCCGACAAAUCCGUCUACGAUAGAAAUUUCGCUCAAGUGGCGUGGGCGUCCACCGCGACCGUCUACCAGCGCGAGAGGCCUCACGAGUCGGCCGCCCAAAAAGAAGCCGAGUUCAACGAGGCCGAGGCCACCCAAGAUGUAGAGUCAAAAGGACGUAUCCUGACGACGCCCACGCGACUCCUCAAGCUUGUUCUCCCCCUACCCUUUGAUGCUAGGCAAGAGCACAUCAACAGACAGCCGCUGGAGAAGAUUCAAGAAAACAAGAAAUCAACGCCCCCGCUAGCGCUGUUGAUCCAUCCGCAUCAACCUCUAUCUUAUCUCGAACGACUGAUUCAAGCAGAGCUCCCUCCCCUUCAAUUGGAAAAGAAGGAAAAGACACCAGAUGUGGACUUUUGGGCCGAGGUGGACAGAGAGUCUAUUCCCGAACAGACUGGGGCCAAGGCCAGCAACGUUGCUUCUUCCUCCGGUCUGGGUCGUGAAGGCCCCGCCACCAAGAACAAGAGCUGGGUGAGGUGGAGUGCCAGCACAGAAGUCGGCGACUUCAUUCGCGAUGCAGCCCGUGGCAAAGAAUUUGCUGUCGAUAUUGAAGGUGUUUCGGAAAAGCUGCACGUCGCCGUACCUAGCUUCAAAGAUCGCACACAUUACAUGCGCAUGAGGCUCCGCCGAAUGUGCGAGCAGAUUGAUGCAAUGUCGCGACUCAAAAACGAGUGCGAUGAGAUUGCGCACAAGAGCGCUUAUCGCCUCGCCAAAGGCGGCUUCGGGCUGCUGGCUUCCUGGUGGGCCACAGUCUAUUACGUCACCUUCCAUACGGAAAUGGGAUGGGAUCUCGUUGAGCCGGUUACCUACCUGGCCGGCCUCACGACCAUCAUGGCCGGUUACCUGUGGUUUCUCUUCAUCAGCCGAGACCUGAGCUACAAGGCCGCCAUGAAUGUCACGGUGUCGAAGCGCCAGAAUGCCCUCUACAUGGAGCGAGGAUUUAACAUUGGAAAAUGGGAGCAGUUGGUCCAAGAGGCCAAUGCGCUGCGACGCGAGCUCAGGGUAAUCGCGACCGAGUACGAUGUCGAAUGGGAGGAGAUGAAGGACCUCGGUGGCUGGGAGGUGAAGGAGGCGUUGGAGAACGAGGACUCCAAGAAGAAGCAGAAAGAUAAGGAUGAAGAUGAGGAUGACGACGAUAAAAAGAGUCGGAAGCGAGACUCCGAAGAGCGACCCAAAGAACAGCAUUGA